AUGGCUGAAGUACCAGAAGAUCAAGAGCAAGAGUUCGUUCAAGUGAACGAGGUACAAGAGGUUCUGGAAGAGACUGCUGAGCCUGAACCAAUCAGUGAUGAUGAUGAGGAACAACUUGGAGAUCAACAGGCCGAGCCAAUGGAAGAAGAUGGGGAUGAUGAGGACAAGAUCGAGAUUGAUAUGGCUAAUAACUCAUGGACGUACUUUGACAAGCACGAGGACUCUGUUUUCACUGUUUUAACACACCCAAAAUUGCCGCUUGUUGCUACAGGUGGUGGUGAUAACACUGUUUACAUGUGGACUUCUCAUUCACAGCCGCCAAAGUUUGCACAGCAGAUUAAAGGCCACAAGGAGUCUGUCAUCACUGGUGGAUUCACAGGUGAUGGAGAAUUCCUUAUCACGGGUGAUAUGGCGGGGAAGAUUCUCAUCCAUCAGUCCACAAAGGGUGGUCAAGUUUGGAAGCUGUAUGGCGAGCUGGACGAGGUUGAAGAGGUUGUUUGGAUCACAGUGCAUCCAUCGCAGCCUAUAUUUGCAUUUGGUGCUGCAGAUGGAUCCGUCUGGGUCUAUCAAUUGACCCCAACUUUGGAGCAAAUCAUGAGUGGGUUCUCGCAUCAAGCAGAGUGUACUGCUGGUGUGUUUGUCAACACCGAUGACCUCGACUCCCUGACGCUUGUCACCGCUUCAACAGAUGGAUCCAUAGUCGGUUGGAACGCAUACACGUCCACUCCUUACUUCAAGCUGAGCGAAACCGACUUCAAGGGACAGAAAUUACCCUGGAUCACGGCAUCUCUACAACCCCGUUCACACAUCCUUGCUGUUGGCUCCAACGAAGGCACGCUCGCCGUUGUAAACGUCGCCAGCGGCACGCUCCUCAGUGCUUUCAGAGUCAUCGAACUCAAGGAAGACCAGGACGAGCUGGACGGGUCCGUCGAGUCCAUCACCUGGAGCGACACCCUGCCUCUCAUGGCCAUCGGACUGGUGUCCGGCUCGCUCAUCCUCUUCGACACAAAGACGUGGAGAGAAAGACACAGCAUCCAGCUCGACGACGCCAUCACCAAGGUGUACUUCAUACCACACACCCCGUUCCUCGUCGGCUCCUCCAUGAAUGGCAAGAUCUACAAGUGGGACGCCCGUACAGGGGAGGAGCUGUUUGUCGGCGUCGGACACAACAUGGGCAUCCUCGACUUUGCCGUCGUCGACCACGCCAACAAGCUCAUCACCGCAGGUGACGAAGGUGUCAGUCUCGUGUUCCAAACCCACUGA